UAAUCUGGAGAGCUUUUACCGACUCUCAACGCUCUGAGUUAUUGACUUUGUUUUACCCAAAUACGCCAAUUCUGCUGGCUCAUUCAGUGAGUUGCUGGCGUCUGCGAUGGAGUGUAAACCCAAGUACUGUAUCAUCGGAGCCGGUGCUGGAGGAUUGGCUUGUGCAAGACAUGCUUCCAACGCAUCAGCAGAGGUCACCGUAUUUGAGCAAACCGAUCGGAUUGGAGGUACCUGGGUUUACACGGACACCAUUGGACAGGACCAGCAUGAAGUUCCAAUCCACACCAGUAUGUACGAAGGGUUGCGUACCAACCUACCGCGACAGAUUAUGGGGUUUCCGGACUGGCCAAUCGAGUCGGAUGUGUCGUACGUCAAACAGGAGGAAGUUCUCCAGUGGUUGCAGGAUUACGUGGAUGAAUUCAAAUUGCGGAAGCUUAUCAGGUUUGAACAUCAAGUGAUAAGAGUGUCACCGACCUACAACGAUCGGAGCAAGUGGGAGGUGAUUGUGAAAAAUUUACGGAAUGAGCGAUAUGAUAUAUAUGUAUUUGACUACAUAAUGGUUUGCAAUGGUCACUACUCGCAUCCGAUGUUCCCGGAAUAUUUUGGCAGAGAUAGUUUCGAAGGAUUACAAAUUCACAGCCAUGAUUAUCGCAAAGCAGAACAGUUCGCAGGACAAGACCUACUCUUGGUUGGUGCAGGUUACAGUGCAUCUGACAUUGCUAUUGCAACGGUUAAAGUAGCCAAAAGCGUUACUAUCAGUCAUCAUAAUCCAGAUAAAGUCGAUUUCGAUAUCGAGGGUUCCAUUACCGUGAAACCUGGAAUUUUGAAGCUGACAUCAACGGGUGCCGUAUUUGUCGACGGAACCGAAAAGAAAGUCUCGACGAUUAUCUAUUGUACCGGGUAUAAGUACACUUUUCCAUUUUUAAGUGUCGAUUGUGGAAUUCGAUUGGAAGACAAUCAUGUGGAACCCUUGUACAAACAUGUCAUCAAUAUUAAUCACCCGACGAUGGCACUGAUUGGUGUACCCUUCUAUUGUAUACCUACUCAGAUGAUGGACCUUCAAGCACGAUUUUGUAUGAAGUUCUUCACAGGUGAGCUGAAGCUACCGCCAAAAGAUGAAAUGUUACAAGACAUGGAAGCCGACAUUGCCUAUCGAAGAAGCAAGGAUUUACCACGGAAGUGGAUGCAUAAACUGCACGGAGAUUUCCAGUGGAAGUAUUAUGAAGAAUUGGCUAGGACUGCAGAUAUUCAACCGAUCAAACCAGUUAUAAUAGCGCUUUUCGAGGAGAGUAUGCGCAGGAGAGCAAAAAGUGUCCAGCAUUAUCGUAGAGAUAAGUUUGAAGUAAUAAAUGAUGAAGAGUUUCGUGUGUUAUGAUAAUAAAUUAUCUGAAUAGCAA